GAUAUUUUUGUUUUGCUUAAUUUUAAACAAUUUUAUUUACUAGAUUCUUAACUAAGCUGAAAGGAUUCUUAUUGAAUAUCUAUCAAAAUGAGUGAAGAAUCAUAUGAAGAUAGACAAAACAAUGAAUUAGUUGCAUUACAGGCAAUCUAUGGUGAUGCUGUAGUUGACAUUCGUAAGAAAGCAGUUUGGAAUGAAUGGAGACCAUUAAACCUUCUACUGACGCUCCAACCACUUCACAAUUCUGAAGGGGUUCACUGUUCGGCCACAUUGAACUUUAAAUGCUGUCAUAACUACCCUGAUAAACCACCUCUUGUAUCAGUGACUAAAGUGAAUGGCCUCUCAGAUGAUAACGCAGCCAAAUUGCUAAAAGAGUUGAACAAUAUGGCAGCACAGCUUUGUGGUGAAGUUAUGUUAUACCAAUUAGCACAGCAUACACAGCAAUUCCUUCACGACCACAACAAGCCUACACUUUCGUUUUACGAGGAAAUGUUGAAACAUAAGACUGAAAUAGAAAAGUUGAAACAGCAUGAUAUACAAGUUAAGGAGGAUCUAGAGCGUCAGAAAAUGAAAGAUGAAAUACAGAGAAGGCAACUAACUCUUAAAAGUUCUGAAAGAAGAGAUCACAAGUGUAGCUUGAAUACUGAAGAUGAGAACAAUGGACAGGGGGACGCGCCUAAACUUUUAUACUAUGCAGACAACAAAACAUCGCCUACAAAAAAUAUAUCGCGCAGUCGCACAAGAAACAUUCCAUGUAAUUGCAGCUCAAAGGGAACACAAGUACUGAGGUAUACGCAGCGGAAUAAUAAGAAAGUUUAUAUUGGAAACUGUUUGGGACACUCAUUGAAUGGCUCAACAACAUACUUAGCCAUUGACGAUGAUGGCGAUCAAGUGAUUGCAAAAAAAUGGUUCUUAUUACCAGCUGCUGACUUCCAAACACGAAACAAACAGCUUAACCAAAUCCAGCAAGACUUGAAAACGAUGUGCCGGAUCAAACAGAAAUCCCUUACACCAUACACAGCAAUGGAGCUGACAACAGAAUCAUCUUCAGCCCAACAAGUGGUGUAUAUCUUCAGGGACUUUAUACUCGGGUCUUCAUUGAAGUAUCUCCAGAACAAGUCAAGUUCCUGUGGAGAUAUGUUUGAGGCGUUGAGACUAGUGCGACAUGUGGGUUUGGGUGUUUUUAGUGCGUUGAUGGAGUUGCAUAGUGUCAAUGUGUUGCACAGAGAUGUCAGGAGUGAGAAUGUGUUCCUGGAAGACAGUGGGGCUGUGAAACUGGUUGGUGCUGGACUGGAUAUGAGACUGAUGGAAAUUUAUGAGGGCGAAAAUUAUUGCGAUAGACAGACGAAAACACACGACAUAUUUGCUGCUGCACAGUUGCUGCUUGCAGUUGUGUCACCGGAAGCAAUACAAGAGAUACCACCGGAUUUUCCUGGAUCUGCUAAAGAUUUCUUUUCAAGGUGUUUAACAGAGGACGAGCAUACUCAGUGGUCUGCAGAAGAACUGGUGAAACAUGGGUUCCUGGUGGACGCCCCUCCCAGACUACCCAGCAGUAAGGAUAAUAAUAGCAGAGAAAGUGAAUCGGAAGACGAAGAUGGAAGUCAAAAGAUUAAAAAUAUGAGUUUACUUAUGAACGGUCACUCGAGACUGAACGCUGAGUUUGAGGUGCUAACAUGGCUCGGCAAAGGUGCUUUUGGUGAUGUUGUUAAGGUAAAAAACAAACUUGAUGGUGGUUUCUACGCGAUAAAACACGUCAAACUUAAUCCAAAGAGUGUUGACUUGAACAAGAAAAUUACCCGCGAAGUGAAGCUACUUUCCCGCCUCAACCACGAGAAUGUGGUGCGAUAUUACAACGCGUGGAUCGAAAGCGUCGUGGAAACCAGAGUGGAAGACACACCGAGCCCUGUGAGGAAAAAGGAUGAUAGCCUCAUGGACGUCGUGGCAAAGCUUGGGCAAGAGGUCAAGAUUAACUGGUCGAUGUCUGAAGGUCCAGUGCAAGCGCGCGAUGAGUCAUCCGACAGUGAUGAGGAAACAGAUGAUGAUGAACCGGACCUCUUCUUUAACAUCAUGAACCAAAACGAAGACUCAAGUAGUGCAAUCGAGUUCGAAGGAGCUUCCAACAAGUCUGACACGAUACCGUCGGAGGAAAGUACAGUCACCGAGCAUCCCUCACAGAUGCUUUACAUCCAAAUGGAAUUCUGUGAAAAAAAUACCUUGCGACAGGCAAUCGAUAAUGGACUCUAUCAGGAGCAUUAUAGAGCUUGGAGGUUGUUUAGGGAGAUUCUGGAGGGUCUAGCGCACGUCCAUCAAAAAGGAAUGAUCCACAGAGACCUAAAGCCUGUCAAUAUAUUCUUGGACUCCAACGACCACGUCAAGAUUGGUGACUUCGGCUUGGCAACUAAAGUCUUCACAAGUUUGCCAAUAGAUGAGAAAUCACAAGAGAGCAGGGACACAGACGGAUUACUUACUGGUAAGAUUGGCACAACGUUGUACGUGGCCCCAGAACUACAGCAGUCUGCUACCAAAGUGAUAUACAAUCAGAAGGUGGAUAUUUAUUCGCUGGGAAUCAUUCUGUUCGAGAUGUUUCAUUCGCCGUUCCGCACGGGUACAGAAAGGUUCACUGUUUUGAGUAGUUUACGGAAAAAGGAGAUAGUAAUGCCGUCCGAGUUUGUGAGAGAAGAAAAUGCGAAGCAAAUACAUGUUAUCAGAUGGCUAUUAGAUCAUGACGCCAGCCUUCGUCCAACAAGCGCAGAGCUGCUUUCAAGUGAACACGUACCAAGAGCAGUUCCUGAAGGAGCGCUGUCUGGUCUGCUAUCCCACACGCUUGCAGAUAGAGGCUCCAGGGGAUACCAGCGGCUGGUUAGCGCCUGCCUGGAUCAAAAACCCUCUCCGGCAGAGGAUUUCACAUAUCAGAGUGCUAUGAAGACAAAACCCAUGGAAACCAUUGCAGCAAUAAAGGAUGUUUUAAUUAAGGUGUUCCGCAGUCACGGGGCGACGGAGUUUUCACCGCCUCUGCUGACGCCCCGUGCGGACAAAUGGGAACAGAGUAACAGCUCGGUGAAGGUGAUGACGGUAUCGGGCGCUGUGUGCCAUCUCCCGCAUGACUUGAGGCUGCCUUUCGUGAGACACAUUGCGUACUCGGGAACUAAGUAUAUCAGACGCUAUGUGGUAGAUCGGGUGUACAGAGAGACUGAAAGAACCGUGAAAGGUUUCCAUCCGAGAGAGAUCAUUGAGUGCGCUUUCGAUAUGGUCACACCCAGUAUAGGAUCGUUAUGGCCGGACGCAGAGCUGCUAGUAGUUGCGAGCAGGUCGGCCGCGGCGUGUUCCCUCAAAGUUUCCAUACACCUGAACCACACAGAGCUGCUAAGAGCUCUGCUGCUCUCCUGCGGAGUCACCCUGGACAAACACGCUCUGAUAUAUCCAGUACUUGUCGAUGUGUCACUAGGUCGUAUUACAAGUCUUCAACUGCAGACGCAUUUGGCAACACUUUGCGUGACGAACCGAGAUAUCGGCAACCUUCUGCGGCUAAUGGAAGCGGACGUCGAGGUGAAGCAAGUGAGGGAGCUGGUGGGGCAGGUGAAGAGAGACAAGUGGAGCAGCACGCUCGAGCGAGCCGUGCGGGAGUUGGAGACUGUGUGUGGUGACGCGCUGGUACUGGGCUGUGAGUGUCCAAUAACUGUAGCACCGUUCCUAGCGUACAACGCUACGCAGCACAGAGGCGUGUUCUGGCAGAUGUCGGUGAUGCGACAGACCAGCCGGCUGGCAGCUAAACACCGCUCCAGGGACCUAAUAGCGGCUGGAGGAAGAUACGAUAAUCUAGUGGAGGAGUUCCGCAAGAUUGCCCGCGCAGAAAACGACCACGAUAAUGCCGACUUGCAAUGUAGUUCUGUGGGUUUCUCUCUUGCGUUGGAGAGAAUCGCCGCCAUUUUGAAAUCUAUGGAACUAGAUGUACCGCCCGCUGUCAAGUGUAAAGAGAAUGAGCUGGUAUGUGUUUGCUUAUGGGGCACAUACGCGCGUGAGGGACUCGAGGCGAAUAGGGCUAAGCUAGCCAGAGAGCUUUGGGCACAGGGGUACUCCGCGAUAUGUUGGCCAGCUAAUACGAGCGACUCUCACCACCUUACCAGGGCUACCGUGGUGCUGGUCCAAGAAGAUGCUUAUGUUCUGGUCGCCUACUGGGAGGGAACACGCGUCAGAGAGUACAAGGUUGCAUUCAAGGACGUGGUCGAUUUUGUGAAGCAGAAACUAAGUGCGGAGACAGUGAGGAACUCUGAAUGCAGCCGAUCUAUUAGUUGGAGCGAGAGCGAAAAGUCGAAUAGUCCGGUGAUAUCAGUGACUUUCAUCACACCCAAAAACUGGAUGACCAAAACUUCGAAGAGACAUUCUGAAGCUCAGAUCAACAGCCUGAUUACGUCAUCUCUGACGCACCUCGGUCUUCAGAGCGUGUUGGGCCGCGUGCGUGUCAACGUGCUCGCAUUGGCGUGCUCGGCCGCUUGCGUGCGCGCACUCGCUGCCAAUCUGACCGCGCCUCUUUCCGAACACCAAUUACCUCAAGCGUUCCGCGCGCUUCAUGAUAUCUACUUUAAAAGCCAGAACAUUCUUGACGAAGCACUAUUGGAGCUGGUGAACAUUGUGAAAGCAAACAACUCUUACCAAAGCCGAUCUCCGGAAGAUAUACAACUGUAUGCCCUCUAUUCCAUAGCUGACUCGAUAUGUCGUAUUGUUACUUAAUUGCAUAUUAUAUUUAAUUAUUUUAAAAGAUUGUUAAACUUAUCCAGUUUUAGAAUUUAACAGUUCCAGUGUAAGUAGUAUAUAAAUAUUAUAGCUAUAUAUAUUUUUACAAAAAAAAAACAAUGUAUAAUAUACAGAGUACCUUUGUGUCGGUUUCUCUGAAACGGCUGAACUUGUUUUUAUGUGGUUAAAAUAGUUGAUAAUGAAUUGAAAUAAUACACAGUAAUGUACUCGGGAUAAGUGCAAAAACGUAUUCAAUACAAUAGCCCACUAUGUCUCAUACCUCAGUAUUAAAAAAUCGUAGUAAUUUUAAGACCUUGGUUGAUUUUAAUCUAAAAAAGUUAUUUUCUAACAGAAACUCCUAAGUCCCGGAACUGUAGAAUAAUAAAACAAUAUUUAUACUUUUCCCAUAUAGGGAUCAAAAUUCGGCCAAAAACAGGACUCUGUCUUGCGCAAGCCACACCCAAGUGAAGUGUUCAAUUUAACAAUAAAACGUAUUUCAAUAUAUAUUUUUUUUUCUGUUUUUUUUUAUCAAUUUCAGUACUUAGUUGCAAAAUUAAUAAUUUAUUUACCUAAUCAUAAUUUUUUUUUGAUGGUCCGUAUUUAUCAAAUGAAGGUGAUGGAAAUGACUUAUUUUCAUUUAUAUAUCCUAUUGCUUAAAAAACUGCGUGAGCUCUUAAUACUUCAGGAUAUUCUUUUUCUCAGCCAUUCAGAAGUAAAAUAAACACUUAUAUAAUAAAAUAUAUACCCUGAUGCUUUCAAGAACCGCAUAUUAUGACUCCCAAAAAAAAGAAGAAGAAAAGAAAAAUAGACUGUUCUAUUAGAACAAAUUGCUUAUCUGUGACAAUGUUAUUAUUGUUUAAUAAUAACAUCGAUUUCGAUAAGUAAUUUUUUAAAUUUCGAAUAUUUCUGAAAAACAAAGAAGUUUAGUUUGACCUCUAUUGUAAUAUCAGUCGAGACGACGUUUAGUUCGGAAUGAAAUGUCAAUUUGCAAUCAAACUUGACAAGCACAUAUAUCGAAUGAUAUAAUAUUUGGGGCGACUCUAGUUUGUCUCUGAAUUAAAAAACAAAAAUAAAGGCCGGCAACGCUAAUGUAAUUCCUCUGGUGUUGCAAGAGAAGGUGGUGAUCAUUUCACCACUUAACUCACCAGUACGCUCGUUUGUCCUCCUAUUCCAUAAAAAAAAACUAUGACAGCUGCCAGAAAAGUUUUCAUUACCGGUUAUCGGUGCAAAUUUAUGAUGGUCAUAUUAUGGGGCUCCUGAAUACAUCAUUGAGGCUUAUGGGGGGAGAUACAGUUGUUAACGCAUACAUGAUAAGGCAUUAAACACUCGUGCUUAAAGCCCUUCAUUAUGUACAGUUAUAAAAUACUAUUCUUUUAACUUCAUGGCGGCCAUUUUGGAAUGCAUAGUAAUAAUAUCUCUAAAAGAGAGAGCUUCUUGUACGGAUCGUUACCAAAUGAAAUUAUUUAUUUCUUACUAGCUGACCCGACAGACGUUGUUUUGUGUAUAAUAAAUAAAAUAAUGUUUUUUUAUGAUUUGUCAAUAAUAUUUCAUAACAUCAAGAAUUGCUUCGUAAAAAUGCACCCUGUUGUUGUAAUGAAAUUGUUUCACAGCAUAACUGUCAAACCGUUGAGUCAAUAAAUUCGACGGGGUACGCAUCAAAGGAAAAACAAAUUUGUUGUUUUUAUUUAAUUCCGAGCAUUUUCCUAUUUAUUUACCCCUUAAACCUUCCCUGUACUUCCACAAAUAAUUCAGGACCAAAAUUAGCCAAAUUCCAGCCGUUCUCGAGUUUUAGUGAGACUAACGAUUCAUUUUUAUAUAUAUAGAAGAUGAAAUUGGUGACUUAUGGAGUUGCACUCUAUGCUAAUAACAUAAGGUAACUAAAUGUGAGAUUUGAACACAUACGUUAUUUGUGUUAGGUACUUUGUAAAAUAAUAGUUUAUAUUAUCUUAUUAAGUUGAAUAAAUUUUUUGUACCUACUGUU